GGGGCCCCGAGUGUUUGUGUUGUGGUUUUGGGGGAGGGAGGCGGAGGGGAAAGUUUGUUUAUUUUGUUUUUAGUUUCUGGGGUCCCCGUGUUUCUCGGAGGUGAAGCGGGAGGGAGUGACCCCCUCCCCCGAACCCCUCAGUCCCCCUACUACGUCGCCUCCAUAGCCUGCGAAGGAGCGGGGACCGCGCGCAUCGCAGCGCAUCGCCUCACAGCGGAACGCCGCGCACUCGGAGCCGGCACGGCUCGGCGGGUUUUGGUUUUUGCACUGAAUGUAGUCUAGACUCAUCCUCACGGGCUUGUGUUGCCCCAGGAUACUGUCAAAGGCAGUAUUUGUGUGUUUCUGCAGAGUUUUGCACAGAGUCUGUUCCCAUGCAGACCAAUGAGGGAGAAGUAUCGGAAGAAAACAGUUCCAAGGUGGAACAGGAGGAUUUUGUAAUGGAAGGGCAUGGCAAGACUCCACCUCCUGGUGAAGAAAGCAAACAAGAGAAGGAGCAAGAAAGGGAAGAACAGUUAAUGGAAGACAAGAAAAGGAAGAAAGAGGAUAAAAAGAAAAAAGAAGCCACUCAGAAGGUCACGGAACAAAAAACCAAAGUGCCCGAAGUGACGAAACCAAGUUUAAGCCAACCAACGGCCGCCAGCCCAAUUGGCAGCUCUCCAUCGCCACCAGUCAAUGGUGGCAACAAUGCCAAAAGGGUGGCAGUGCCGAACGGACAGCCGCCCAGCGCCGCCCGCUACAUGCCUCGGGAGGUGCCGCCCCGGUUCCGUUGCCAGCAGGACCACAAAGUGUUACUGAAACGUGGGCAGCCCCCUCCACCGUCCUGCAUGCUCCUCGGGGGCGGGGCGGGGCCUCCUCCCUCCACGGCGCCUGGAGCAAACCCCAACAACGCACAAGUGACAGGAGCGCUGCUGCAGAGCGAGGGUGGGACCGCACCAGAGUCAACCCUUGGAGGUGCUGCUGCUUCAAAUUAUGCAAAUUCCACUUGGGGCCCGGGAGCCUCCUCCAACAGCGGCGCCUCCCCCAACCCCAUUCACAGCUGGGACAAGGUGAUUGUAGACGGGUCUGACAUGGAAGAGUGGCCUUGCAUUGCCAGCAAAGACACUGAGUCUUCUUCCGAAAACACCACCGAUAACAACAGUGCCUCGAACCCUGGCUCUGAGAAGAGCACUCUGCCAGGAAGCACCACUAGUAACAAAGGAAAAGGGAGCCAGUGCCAGUCUGCAAGUUCCGGGAACGAAUGUAAUCUUGGGGUCUGGAAAUCUGACCCUAAGGCUAAAUCUGUUCAAUCUUCCAACUCUACUACAGAGAGCAACAAUGGACUAGGAAACUGGAGGAAUGUGAGUGGUCAGGAGAGAAUUGGACCUGGCUCUGGCUUCAGCAACUUUAACCCAAAUAGCAACCCAUCUGCCUGGCCAGCGCUGGUCCAAGAAGGAAAUUCUAGGAAAGGGGCAUUGGAAACGGAGACUAGUAAUUCCAGUGCGCAGGUUAGCACAGUAGGUCAGGCAUCCAGGGAACAGCAGUCAAAGAUGGAAAAUGCGGGUGUUAAUUUUGUUGUCUCUGGCAGAGAGCAGGCUCAAAUUCAUAACACUGAUGGACCAAAAAAUGGAAACACUAACUCCUUGAACUCAAGUUCACCAAACCCCAUGGAGAAUAAGGGAAUGCCCUUUGGAAUGGGCUUGGGGAACGCCUCCAGGAGCACUGAUGCCCCUUCACAAAGCACUGGAGAUCGAAAGACUGGGAGUGUUGGAUCUUGGGGUGCAGCUAGGGGGCCUUCUGGAACUGACACAGCCUCUGGACAAAGCAAUUCUGGAAACAAUGGGAACAAUGGAAAGGAGAGAGAGGACUCCUGGAAAGGAGCUCCUGUUCAGAAAUCAACCGGGUCAAAAAGUGACUCUUGGGACAACAAUAACAGGUCUACGGGUGGGUCCUGGAACUUUGGCCCUCAGGACUCUAAUGACAGCAAGUGGGGUGAAGGGAACAAAAUGACAUCCGGGGUCUCUCAGGGAGAAUGGAAACAGCCGACUGGGUCUGAUGAGUUGAAAAUUGGAGAAUGGAGUGGUCCAAACCAACCAAAUUCUAGCACUGGAGCAUGGGACAAUCAGAAGGGCCACCCCCUCCCUGAAAACCAAGGCAGUGCCCAGGCUCCCUGUUGGGGAAGAUCUUCCAGCUCCACAGGAAGUGAAGUUGGAGGUCAGAGCACUGGAAGCAACCACAAAGCAGGAAGCAGCGACAGUCACAGUUCUGGCCGCCGGUCGUACCGGCCCACACAUCCCGACUGUCAGGCUGUCUUGCAGACUCUUUUGAGCCGAACUGAUUUGGACCCCAGGGUGCUCUCAAACACCGGCUGGGGCCAAACUCAAAUUAAGCAGGACACAGUGUGGGACAUUGAAGAGGUGCCAAGGCCCGAGGGGAAAUCUGACAAAGGAACUGAGGGGUGGGAGAGCGCUGCCACACAGACCAAGAACUCAGGGGGCUGGGGAGACGCACCCAGCCAAAGCAAUCAAAUGAAGUCUGGAUGGGGAGAGCUCUCAGCCUCUACAGAGUGGAAAGACCCCAAGAACGCAGGAGGCUGGAAUGACUAUAAGAACAACAACUCUUCCAACUGGGGAGGAGGACGCCCGGACGAGAAGACAUCUUCCUCUUGGAAUGAGAACUCCAACAAGGAUCAGGGGUGGGGAGGUGGACGCCAGCCCAACCAAGGAUGGACUUCUGGAAAGAAUGGUUGGGGAGAGGAGGUCGAUCAGGCGAAAACCAGCAAUUGGGAAAAUGCUGCGAAUAAACCUGUGUCCGGGUGGGGCGAAGGUGGGCAGAGUGAAAUCGGGACUUGGGGGAGCGGUGGGAACACAAGCCUGGCUUCCAAAGGCGGGUGGGAAGAUUGCAAAAGGUCUCCGGCGUGGACAGAGACAAGUAGACCGCCCAGUUCCUGGAACAAACAGCACCAACAGCAGCAGCCGCCGCAGCAGCUACCGCCACCACAACCCGAGGCCUCUGGCUCCUGGGGAGGCCCAGCCCCACCACCUCCAGGCAAUGGACGACCUUCCAAUUCCAACUGGAGCAGCGGGCCGCAGCCAGUAACCCCCAAGGAUGAGGAACCCAGCGGUUGGGAAGAGCCAUCCCCGCAGUCGAUCAGUCGGAAGAUGGACAUUGAUGAUGGCACUUCCGCGUGGGGAGACCCCAACAGUUAUAACUACAAGAAUGUGAAUCUGUGGGAUAAGAAUUCCCAAGGGGGCCCAGCACCUCGAGAAGCAAACCUGCCUACCCCGAUGACCGGCAAAUCAGCAUCAGUCUGGAGCAAAAGCACACCAUCUGCUCCAGAUAAUGGUACUUCAGCUUGGGGUGAGCCAAACGAAAGCAGUCCUGGGUGGGGCGAGAUGGAUGACACUGGAGCGUCGACAACAGGCUGGGGGACUGCACCCUCCAAUGCUCCAAAUGCCAUGAAACCUAAUUCCAAAUCUAUGCAAGAUGGCUGGGGGGAGAAUGACGGGCCAGUGGCAGGAACUCGCCAUCCCAGCUGGGAAGAGGAGGAUGAUGGAGGAGUCUGGAACACUGCCGGCUCUCAGGGAAGCGCUUCCUCCCACAACUCAGCAAGCUGGGGACAAGGAGGAAAGAAACAAAUGAAGUGCUCACUCAAAGGAGGAAACAAUGAUUCAUGGAUGAAUCCUCUUGCCAAACAGUUUUCAAAUAUGGGAUUGCUGAGUCAAACUGAAGAUAACCCAAGUAGCAAAAUGGAUUUGUCUGUAGGGAGCCUUCCAGAUAAAAAAUUCGAUGUGGAUAAGCGAGCAAUGAAUCUCGGGGAUUUUAAUGAUAUCAUGAGGAAGGAUCGAUCUGGGUUCCGUCCACCUAAUUCCAAAGACAUGGGAACCACAGAUAGUGGGCCUUAUUUUGAGAAGGGUGGCAAUCACGGUUUGUUUGGAAAUAGCACAGCACAAUCGAGAGGCGUGCACACCCCCGUGCAGCCCCUGAAUUCUUCUCCUAAUCUCCGGGCGCAAGUGCCUCCCCAGUUCAUUUCCCCCCAGGUUUCUGCCUCAAUGCUUAAGCAGUUUCCCAACAGUGGCCUGAAUCCAGGUCUUUUCAACGUGGGGCCCCAGUUAUCUCCUCAACAAAUCGCCAUGCUGAGCCAGCUUCCACAGAUUCCCCAGUUUCAGUUGGCAUGUCAGCUUCUCCUGCAGCAGCAGCAACAGCAGCAGUUGUUACAAAACCAGAGGAAGCUUUCUCAAGCUGUGCGCCAGCAGCAGGAGCAGCAGCUGGCUCGAAUGGUGAGCGCCCUCCAGCAGCAGCAGCAGCAGCAGCAGCAGCAGAGGCAGCCCAGCAUGAAGCAUUCGCCAUCUCAUCCCGUUGGGCCCAAGCCACAUCUGGACAACAUGGUACCCAACGCUCUGAAUGUGGGGCUCCCAGACCUUCAAACCAAAGGGCCAAUACCUGGAUAUGGUUCUGGCUUCAGCUCUGGCGGCAUGGACUACGGCAUGGUUGGUGGGAAGGAGGCUGGAACAGAGUCUCGCUUUAAACAGUGGACCUCCAUGAUGGAGGUGCCCUCUGUAGCCACACAGGAAGCCAAUAUGCACAAAAAUGGCGCUAUCGUGGCCCCUGGUAAGACCCGAGGAGGGUCACCAUACAACCAGUUUGACAUCAUCCCAGGUGACACACUGGGUGGCCAUACGGGUCCUGCUGGUGAUAGCUGGUUACCUGCCAAAUCUCCACCAACAAAUAAAAUCGGAAGUAAAUCUAGCAAUGCCAGUUGGCCUCCAGAAUUCCAACCAGGAGUGCCAUGGAAAGGUAUCCAAAACAUUGACCCUGAAUCUGACCCCUAUGUCACCCCAGGAAGUGUGCUAGGGGGUACAGCCACAUCUCCCAUUGUAGAUACUGACCACCAACUUCUGCGGGAUAACACCACAGGGUCUAAUUCUUCCCUCAACACCUCGCUGCCUUCACCUGGUGCCUGGCCCUACAGUGCCUCUGACAACUCCUUCACCAACGUUCAUAGCACUUCAGCAAAGUUUCCUGAUUACAAAUCAACAUGGUCCCCAGAUCCCAUAGGACACAACCCCACUCAUCUCUCCAACAAGAUGUGGAAAAACCAUAUUUCCUCAAGGAACACUACACCGCUGCCCCGCCCGCCUCCCGGUCUGACCAACCCCAAACCAUCAUCUCCCUGGAGCAGCACAGCACCCCGCUCAGUCAGGGGGUGGGGGACACAGGACUCACGGCUCGCCUCCGCCUCUACCUGGAGUGAUGGUGGUUCAGUUCGUCCUAGUUACUGGCUGGUUCUUCACAAUCUCACUCCACAGAUUGAUGGGUCAACCUUGAGAACCAUCUGCAUGCAGCAUGGCCCACUGCUGACAUUCCAUCUGAACCUAACCCAGGGCACCGCCCUGAUCCGAUACAGCACCAAACAGGAGGCGGCCAAGGCCCAAACUGCACUGCACAUGUGUGUGUUGGGAAACACUACCAUCCUGGCUGAGUUUGCCACCGAUGACGAAGUCAGCCGCUUUCUGGCACAAGCUCAGCCCCCUACACCUGCGGCAACCCCGAGUGCACCCGCCGCGGGCUGGCAGUCCCUAGAGACCGGCCAGACCCAGUCAGACCCCGUUGGACCUGCUCUGAAUCUUUUCGGCGGGUCCACGGGGCUCGGGCAGUGGAGCAGCAGUGCCGGCGGCAGCAGCGGGGCCGACCUUGCCGGCGCCUCGUUGUGGGGCCCCCCCAACUACUCUUCUAGCUUGUGGGGAGUCCCGACCGUGGAAGACCCUCAUAGGAUGGGCAGCCCUGCUCCUUUACUACCUGGUGACCUUCUGGGAGGAGGGUCGGAUUCAAUCUGAACUUAGAACUUUCAACUCUGACCUCGUGACCUUUUUUGGAACAGCAGCAGCACUAACUUGACCUUUUCGUUUUUUUUUUCAACUUGCAAUAAAUACAUUUUUAAAAGGAAAAAAGAAAACGGAGAGAGAAAAAAAAAAAGGUGGGUCAUUGACAGACUGUCUGAGCACAUAGUUGCCUCCCUUCUAACUUCAGUUUUUUCGUUUGGAAUAUGAAUCCAAAAAGAGAACAUAUCACUCUUGAAAUACUUGAAUCAUGAACGCCAACCUAGAAAGACAAUGUGAAGCAAGUACACAUACCAUUUAAAUUUAAACACAAAAAAAAUUAAAAAAAUUAGUUUCUAGUUUUUCACUUUUUUCAUGUUAUAUGGAAGUUGUUGCUAAGAAACAUAUAUACUGAAAAAAAAAAAAUAGCUUUUUAACUUUGUUUGCACUGGGUGUGUUUCCGUCCUUAGGUCUACCAUGUUUGGGAGGGAGGGGAAUUCAAAAGCAUUGUUAGGGUGGGGGAGGGAAGACUUGACGGAGCCUCACUUUAAAAACAAAAACAUAAAAAACCUAAAAAAAAAAAAAAAAAAGGAAAAAAUUUGUGAUUGGCUGGUUGAUAAAUACCAGUGUGUUCUGGCACAUGUAACUGCCCAGGCAUGCUCGUUCUGGUAUGUGUGUGCACGUGUGUUCAUGUGCAUUCGCGUGCAUCCUUCUCUCUGUCUCUGUGUGUGUGUUGUGUGCCUGUGUCCUCCUCUUCCUCCCCACCCCCAAUUUCUCAGAAAGCUGCAUUGCUGACAGUCCGCAGGCUGGCUGGCCGGCCAUCUGCUUUUUAUUUUUAUUUUAUUUUGUUUUUUAACUAUGAGAACACAGGAGCCACGAGCACCUCGGGGAUCCGCUGCUGCUGAAGCCACCCCGUUGGGCCGUAUUGAGAUGAACAGAGUGCUUUUUUAAUGACGAAAGCAGGGAGCUCCUUUACAUCUUCGAAGUAGCCCGAGUGAGUUUUCCGUAGCUUUUCUUUCGACCUAGCAGUAGAGUGGAGCACUGCCAAGUCCCCAAAGCCAGGAGAACAGGAGGUACCUCUUGGAGCAACUGUGUGUUUAUUUCUGUUUUGGGAAGUAAGUGGCCACUGGGCACAUCUGAAUAUCCGUUCAAUUUCAUGCUGGCCUUUUUGUUAGUCUAAAUGGGAACAGACGAUAAGACAGUUUUUAGUGCUGUGAUGUCUCGAAUGCAAAAAAAAAAAGCUUAUUUCCCCUUUCUUGUGUAAUCAGGAAUGAGAAAUUGGUCGGAAAGUCAGGUAAUGCUGAAUUUAAAAUUUCUCUUGGUUCUCUAUUAUUUUAUGAAAACAGAAAAAAAAAAAAAAAGGUUGUGAGCAGCCUCCUGCAAGCAUCUGCAGCUCCUCCUCUCUGCUCCCUUCUUGCUGAGCGUUACCUGUGCCAGGCCGCGGCGUGUUGGAGCACCGGGCCAUCACUGACAGAAACGUUUACUUAACGAAUGUUCUUAAACCAGUGUGUACUUCAAGCGUUUCCUUUUGUUUCUCUGUGUUGUGUAUCUCCUGUGUAUGUGGUUUUGCUUAGGCAGGUAUAACUUAGCAAAGACUUUAAGUAUUGCACCUUUUUUUGGUUUUGACCUCUUUUUUUUUUUUUCCCCUUGUAAUGUUGCUUUUUUUAUUUCGGUAUUUAAAGACUUUUUUUUUUUUUUUUUAAGCAUCAAUGUAGUAGUACUCUGGGCCGAAUAGGGGGCAACUUUUAAUCCACAGUUAUCACCAACAUUUAUGUACUUAUGUUGGAAUCAAAAUGUAUCAAACUGCUUUUUGUGAAGAGUUACAGCAGACCUGAAGGGGUACCCCUUUAUACAAAGCAGAUGGCUGGCGGGGCGGGGGGAGGGGGGGGACAUGUGCCGGUGACGUGCUAGCACUUGUGUGGACACCCCAGUCUGCAUUAUACUGUUUAACAUAAAGUGCCGACAUUCUGUACCAGCAAAUACCUGCCCAUUCCAACCCUUGGUGGGAGCAGACCUCUACUGUCCUCCAUAACUUGCUGCUAGUGAGGACAAGGGAGUUUUUCUUUCUUUAGCAUCUUUAGUGAAGGAUACAACAAUGCCUAAUAAUGUAUUUGACUUACAGCUUGUGUCUGUGGGUGGGUGGGAGGGAGGGUGUGUAUAGGAAAAGGCAAAAGCUAAUUAUUUGCAUUUAAGUGGUUUUGUGAGACAAAGAAUGGGAAUUCUGUAGUCCUCUCGGCUUACUCUGUUGAUAAACCUAGCCUCAAAGAGAUUGGCACACGUAACUCAAGUGAGCAUUGGCUCGCUCAGGUCCUUCUGAACCCUUCGUGGGUGGGUGGUCAGACUUGAGUUCCCAGCAUUGGUUUGGUCCCAUUGGAUGCCUUGUAGAAAACUAGCCGUGCCCUUUGGUUUUCAUCACCACCACGCCCCUUCCACUCUGCCCACGCACAAAACAUCUCCUUCCAGCCCCCACCGACCGCUCUCUUCGUGGGGGAGGGCAAAACCCUGCCAUGUGUGGUGACCUCCAGCUGAAGAGCAGCUGUGUUCAGAUAGCCACAGAAGGCUAACUCUGAGUGUCCCUGGGCCGGGCGUGUGUCCGGAGGCUCAUACGAGCUUGCGGUGACUGUCCACGCCGCUCUUGGUCCCCUGCCGUGUCCUGCCCCACCCUCCUCUCUCCCUGCCUGUUGGUUCCUUGACCUGCACUAUGGGUUAGUUGGGUUCCUUACGAUACUACGGUGAAAGCCGGGUGCUAGAGCCCCUCUUGUUUACAAGACAUAAUGAGGGAUUUGAAAUAUGUAAAAAAAAUAAAUAAACAUGAGAAGCUAAAAUGUUCUUCCAUCAUAAGCUUAAAGGGAAAAAAACUAAAAACUUAAAAAAAGACCAAAAAGUGCGUAUAUAUAUACAUAUAAAUAUAUAUUUUAGAUGAAGACUAACUCUGGGAGCAUUUAACAGUGUUUUUUGUUUUUGUUUUUAACAUUUAUUUUCCUGCUUUAAAAUUUGCAAGCAUUCUCAGGAAUUCUAGGGUAGGAAGCCAGUUUUUGGAAGAUGGUUUAUUUAACCGUAUCUUAUCCUAGAUAGACGGCCGUUUCUUUCCUGUUAAUAAACUUUUACAAGUUCCUGAAACUUCAGAAAGUUUAAACAAUUUUUACUUAAAAAAAUGUAAAAAGUAAAGAUUCCAAAAGUUAUUGUCAUACUGGGGAUCACACAUUUUAAAACACAUAGAAAUAUUUUUUAAAAAUUAUCAAUUUAGCAGCAACAAGUAAAUUGACUAUCUUAAAAAAUAUGGGAGAAGGAUUAAGCUUUAUAAGAGCUCUAUCAUGGAUUCAUUUCAAAUUAUGUAUAAUUUAAUGGGAGAGUGUUUGGUGUAUAUAAAUGGGACUGCCAUCACUUUGUUUCUUUCCAUUUAAGACUGAGCUAAAAUCUCCCUGAGGAAUUUUUAUUUUUAUUUAAUGGAACCUUUCUCCCUGUCUCCCCAACCCCAGCAACAAAAGAAAGGAAGAAAGAAACAACAGCUUAAAAAUAAAAAUAGUAACUCUAAUCUGUAAAAUAAUACGGUUGGAUUGCUGAGAAUCUAUGUAAAGAGUUAGGAAAUAUAGGUUAAUAAUUUUUGGAACAAAUUUUAAAUGUAGGCAUUACUAGAAGAAAAAUAUCUAUGGACUGUUCUAUUAAUGAAGAAUGUCUGUCUUACCUCCAUUUGCUAUGGGAGGAGGAGAAAAUAGUAGAAGAAUCUAAUAAGGAACAAGUGAUUUUACUUUUUUUAGCUCCCAGCUACUGUUAUGCUCAUUUUAAUUGCUGUUUUGAAGAUCUGCUGCUUAAUUAUCCCCAUCCCUCAGCCGGAGAUGUGGAGUAUUUCCUGUCAGUUUUUGGUGAUGUUGGAUUCUCCUUUUGUAUUCCCUCCUGGGGCCAGGGGUUAGAAUUCCCAAGCAUGACCACAGCUGCUUUUAAACAUCUAAGCUUCCCGGUAGGGAAAGAAACUCCAGCUCGACAGGUAAAGGGAGUGGGUGGGGUUGCUGCCUGCAAUUUCUCUAAAACCGCUUUAGUGCCUUCAUACAUACACUCAGACAUCCUGAGCAGGGGGAACACGUGUGUGUGUGCAUGUGGUCUCAUCCCUCCAGACGGUGAGAUGCCCGCCCGUUACAGAAAUUGGAGUGGUCUGGACAGGCCCCAGAGGCAGUGGGCUAAAUGCAAAGUCAUUAAACAGAGAUCAAGGAAAUGAAAAGUAUGCUUUUAUGUCUUGAUUAUGUGGGAUGCCAGGGGCCUUCCUUGCACUGUGCAUCAGCUUCUCGAGUGACAGCUGCAGUGACUUGGAACGUCUCUUUGUGUCAGGCCAGUAGGAAGGGGUUCCUAUUUUUCUGCUCUGGUCCUUUGUCUCUUCCCUUUCCCAUCAAGCCCCCUUUUCCUUACCAUGUUGCUGGAAGCUUUGCUUUACUGGUUGGCAGUGACCUAAGAACAGGAUAUAGUGAGGAUAGAAUGGAAAAGAAAAACUUCUCUUUCCACUGUAUUCCUUGGCAAGAGCCAUCUCUGCUGGGAGGUCAGAUGGCUUCAGGACACUUAGAAAUGCAAGGGAAGCAUCUUUUCUUCCACCACAUUCUGGCAUGGAUUCAGGGGCUUGCUGGUUACCUCGCAUUACACAGAUUUACUUUGUGAACAUUUUGAUCAUGUACAUUUGAGCUUUCCAGUUUUUACCAGGUUCCUGUCAUUUUUUCAGACACUUGAUUACUAGUGGCCAGAGGUGUCCAGCUCUCAAAUAUCAUCAACUUGGUUUCUGUUGACCACAUGAGUGGCCAAAAGGAAGGAAGCACUAGAAGGGGAAGGGAAGUCUUCCAUCAGACUGGGGACCUCCCCUGGCAAUUGAGAUCCAGUGCCAUGACCUAAUUUUAGGUGUUUAAGGAAAAAAAAAGUACAGAUCUCUGAGACACUGUGACGAAAUGGAUGGUCCAUGUGGCAUCUCAGAUUCCCCAGUCCUCAGCCCUUGAUCUUUCUCAUUUACAGCAUUCACAGAUGUUAACUUAGCAGUGCUGCAGGUUAAAGUUCCAAAGCACAGUCUUUCGUCAGUAUCCCCCAGUCAGUCAACAUUACGCCUCAGUUGCCACAGUCUGUUUUAGCAGCUUGAUUUAUGAUUACUAUGACUCCUUUUCUAAGAACUUUCCCACCUCUUCUGACGUGAAUGUAGCAUAAGUUAGCAAUGGGUUCUUCCAAGUUCCUGUGGGUUGAAUGUGGUGUGUAAGGAUAUGCAGAAAGAAAAAGAAAUCUCUUUAAGAAUUUGGAAGAGAGCUAUUGUUAAUAUAGCUAGCAGAAGCUAAAAUUCCACAGGCUCUUAACUAAUUACAAGUAUUCACUUUCACCACUUUUGUGGGGGGAGGGGCAGUUUUUGUAAGGUUAACAGCCAGAUUCCAUAUUGACCUCUGAUGCUGUGUACUUUUUCAUUCUAUUGUUUUCUCUCUUCUGCCAUCUUGACUCUUAAAUAGAAUGAAGAUGUCUAUGUGCUGAGCAGAACAUUUAGGCCUAACCUUUUCUCUGCCAUGUAAACAGGAUAUUUUCAGCAGAUUUGGCUAUAAUAGUCAUCUCUCGGAUUUGGGAACAGUUGAGUCUUUAUGCAGAAAAGGUCCCCUUUGCCCCCAUCCUCAGAGUUCAAAUGCAACAUGCAACACUCUAGGUUAUUGUUCUGAGUUUGGGUUUUUUUCUUUGCUUUUACUUAUCUAUUACAUCUUUAGGAGUAGAGAUACAUUUUUAGCUGGCUUAAAAAAAAAACCUUUCUUCCAGUGUUUUGCCAUACUUCAUGUAUAUGCAUUAACUACGCUUCUUAGUGUUACUACAACGAGAAAUCUUGGUUCCCUCCCCCCCUUGAGUGUACAAAUAAGGUUAUAUGCGAUAGUGCAGAUGUAAAUAGCCUCGCCCAUGUGUAUAAAUGAACUGUCAAUCUCUAGACCUCAGCAGUUAAUCAGAAAACGGGCUGCCCUCCCCCUGGGCUGCAGACUGUGCCACAGCCUCUCUGCUUUCUUAUCCACGAGUACAGGGUAUCCACACAGUCUACAAACAGGCAAGUAUAUAAGCUGUCAUCAAGGUCAUCAUCAGUCUGUUACAAAACAUAGAAUAUUACCUCCCCCUCCAGAGCUAGUGCGCACCCCGUGAUGAGGCCGGUAGGUAUACGGCCAGUGCCAAAGGUGUGUGUGUUUUCAGAGCUGGUCCCUGCUUGUGGGUGAUGGCAUUGUUUUCUUGACCUGAAAUUUGACAAAGGAGGUACUGGCGAAACGUUCUUUAUUUGGAAUAAUCGUUGACUUCAGGAAUCUCUGAACACAGUGAUAACAUGAUUAAAAUUGAACAGUGACCCUGCCCGCUCCAGCAGAGGAAGAGGCCUUGGACACCCACAGGAUGGUAAAGGGAACACCGGUCAGGAAACAGCCCUACUCCCCACCAGCUGGGUCUCCAUGGCAUCCUCGUAUAUGCAGUCACUUGGUCUAGAUCUGGAUUAAUUCCCAAGUAUUUGAUCCUUUGAGUGGUUUUUAAACUGGCAAUCUCUUGUAAUAACCUCCAGCCACCACCAAAAUAAAACAGCAAAAGCAAUAGAAACUGCCAGUGUUUGCCUCACAGAGUUUAAAUAGUUUCCUCUUCAGCUAGCUGGGCAUCUGAAUUUGUUUUUAACAACUCUGCACGCCAGGAAAAAUGGUACUGCCCUGAGCAAAAAGUCUCUGCAAAAUUCAGCUGUUGUUUCUUCUUUGUGACAAAUGCUUGACUUAUUCACAGAAGGAGAAAGGUCAAGAAAGAGGCAAGUGUCCUGUUUUAAAUGAAAAGAAAUAGUGUUUCCCUAAAGCACUUUGUGCCUCUAUUUCAUUUUCAAACUAUAAAUCAUUGCUUGGAAAGUAAAUUCCCAAUUGGAAUUGAUCCCUUUUGAGCCAAUAUUAACAAGCUGGGAUUGUGUCUUUUUUUUUUUUUUCCCCCUCAAAAAGUGGAAUUCCUUCACCGCUGCUGGUGAGCAGCUAAAGAGUAACGGUGGAGCGGCUUCCAGUGUGAUUGUGGAGCUGAGUGCCUGCCUUCCCUUUCAGCCCCCCACUUCCCUGGACCUCUUACUGCAUCUGGAGGGCCUUCUCCUUGGGCUCCCGAAAGGCCUGCACAGUGCUGGGUGGGCAGCGGCACCUGGCUCGUGGGAGGUGAUGGGAGGCAAGCUGCCGCCUUGUUACAGGACCGCCCUGACGGCUGAGCUUUAAGGAGAGGAACAGUGUAUCUUACGUGUGUCCACCAAAAAUGAAAAAGGAGGGUAGGGUAUUUAUAUAAAACAGAGCAAAAAAACCUUUGGAACCCUUAAAGAAAUCACAUACCUUUUAAAGGUAGCAGAGUUUUCACCAAGUGAUGCAUUCAGCAUGGCACGUCUCGCCAGAAAUCUCGGGCUGAGUUAAAAGAUAAUGUGUUUAAAACACCACCUCCUUUUAAAAUUUUGUCCAAGGAGUUAAUUUCCUAAGUGUAGUAUUCCUGAAUGUGCCUUUGUGAGUUCAGAGACCGUCUGUUUUAGGAAGAACCUACCCAUUGGGAUAAAACAGACGGUCCCCUUAGUCUGUAGAAAAGUCAGCAUUUCUCUGGGCCGCCGCCGUGGCGGCCGUGGGUUUUCAGUAGCAUCAGUGUUGCACACUGUGGAGUCACGGGGAAGAAGGUCGGGGACUUGGGACAGGGAACGAGGAGGGGAUGGUGCACAGAUGAUGGACACCGGGGUAGUCCAGGAGUGCAAGUUGAACGUCUCAGCAUUGCCUAGUCUUCUCCGUGUAUAUGUGUGUGCGUGGCUGUGGCUGUCUUAGUUUUUGUUUUCCUGUAAGCACUGGAGAAUUGAAAUCUGGUAACAUGGAUUUGUGACACAUCUGUGCACGUUGAGCGGGCAUUUUCUCGCUCCUGCCGCACACAGAGCAGGCAGCGCGUGGCCACCCUUUGAGUCCGUGUCCUGAGAAGGCAAUUCUUUUCCCAAAUGGUAGUCACAUAACGUUGCUGUUUGUGCGAACAGGGUAUAUUACACGCAAGGAAAAGGCUUUUGAAAGGAUGAGUUGGACACGUUUGAGAAAGAAAGGCGAAAAAUCAGAAACCAUGUUUUAUUUCUUCAGAAUCAUUGUAGUUCAACAUUAGAAAUCCGCAGUGUCUCCUCCUUUGUUUCACGUUUGUUUUAAAAGAUUCCGCCUCUUCUCCCCACUCCCUCCUAAAGAGAUAUCAAGUGAAUGCUAAGGGCCAUUUCCAUAAUUCCUCAGAACUCCCCAAAGGGGAAAGCAAUCCCUCGCAAGAUUCCUUCAGCUUCAUUCAGGAAGACCCGGGGCGAUGCUUCUGCGCUAGCUCCGUCCUCUCUCAUGGCCUUGAGAUGUAUUAUUAUGCAAAUGUGAAUUUUGAUACUGAAUUUAAGAAGAGGUUGUUGGAUUUUUCUUUUUUUUUUUUUUUCUUUUCAAAAAAAAAGAAAGGGGUCCCAUAUGUGGUCAUCAUUGCUUCUUUAUUUUGUAACGUGAAUUGUAACUAUGCAUUCUGCAGAGGGGGGUGGGGUGGGGGAGAGGGCAGGAAGGGGACGGAAGUAGCUCUGCAUCCUUGUUCUACGGUUUCUGUGUCCAUGUGUGCCCCCCGUGCUGGCAGGGAAGGGGAGUGAGUGAGAAGCCGUAAGGUCCGCACAGUGAGGUAUACAGGGCCCUGUGAGCCUCGGCCCGGCACUUCCUGGGGUUGGGGGUGGGGGGGGGGCGCCAUUCCUACUAACUAGUGUGGUCCAGGAUCUCCAUCCUAGCUGUGCAGUGUUAGUUAGCCUGUGCGGCAUGAGGCCCCGAAGGCCCUCCACCCUGCCCCACUACUGUUCUCUCUGGAAAAAAGUUCUCACCCUUUGCUGAAUUCAGAACCCUUGCAAGCUCAGGAAACCAUGCCUCACUCGUGCUGACCUUAAUCUUUAUGUCAAUUUCAGAAACCUCCUCCUCCUUGCUCCAUUUUAAUUUUUUUUAUUUGAUGUUUUUAAGUGAAUUUAAUUGUAGGGAAACUCUCUCUGGAGAAGAGGACGGUUGCUUGACAGGCCAACGGGGCUUCUCUUUCCCAGCCCCUCCUGCUCUGCCAUAUUGACACCUCUGCUGCCCUUGCAGUUAUGCUGUGUGUAGCUAGUGAGCAGGGAGGUGUUUGAAAGCCUGCAGCCUCCUAUUUGGUCCUGACAGCAUCCCUCUGUUGAUCUUGCCCGCAGUGAGUAGUCACCUCUGCGUUGCUCUGGUCUAGGCAUUUUUGGCAACAUACAGUGUCCUAAAGCAAGAAACAGUGUUUCCAUGCAGCGCUUUUGCUGUUGACAUUCACAGUACUGUAACAAGUAACAGACUUGAUCAGUCUCUUCGUGCCCCUGCGAGCCUGCACAGGCACGGUCUUAUCAGGGUUCCAAUCUGUUAGAUUGCCUUUAGACAAAACAGCAAACACACACAAAAAACGGAAUUCUGAAGUUUCAGCUAACACAAAACCAUACCUCCAGGUCCACUUCCCUUGCAGCGUAGACCUUUAAACUCCCCUCCUUUUCUGGCCAUCAGUGGGUUAUCCUUGGAAAAAUACGAAUGUGUAAAUAGCAGGAUAACUUUUGCAAUGAUUUCUUUGCUAUGAAAGUAACCCUAAAAUAUUAUAUUUUCCACAUAUUUUUUUAAAGCCAUAGGAAGUUUCAGCUCUUUUUCUUUCACAUAUAAGAAGAGAAAGCAGAACAGGUCAGGGGAGUGGACUUGCGUUUGUGGGGUGGCGUUCUCUUUAUCACCUUCCACACACAAUGACGGCAGACCAAUGUUUAAACCCUGUUUGAAAUAGAGGCCAUCUACUUCAGCUCUGGGUCCAGGGUGGGGAGUGUCUGGAUUUCUCUCUUCUGGAAGAUCCGUCAUCUCCAGGGACUCCAGAACAUUUUCUCCCUGAGACCUUGCACUCUCAACCUACCUUGUUCAAACACACACACACACACACACUUUGAGUAGCUGUAGAUCAUAAAGAGAAUCAGUCCCUGGCAUUUCAAUUUUGUGCUGUAGAAUUCAUAGCCUUGUCACUGUGAUGCUCUGGAAAUGAGCUGAUUUCUUAUUUGGAAGGAAACUCCUCUGAGACAUGCAGACAGCCUCCCUGAGAGGCACUCGCACCCUCAGAUGUCUCUCUACAAGGCUUGAAGCUGAAGUUAGGUGGAGGGAAAUAAGUUUAAACAAGUGCUGCUUUUAAGGAUCUGUCAGCUAUUGCGCUUCUAGAUUUGGCCGCUCACGAGGCAGGAUCAGAAUAGAUCAUUAGAGAUAGCUUCUUCACAGCCUCCUUAGCUCCCCCCAUGUUAAACAUAAAUCCUGUAUCUGUCAAGAAGCCCGUUGUAGGUUGGGCUCCCUGAUCUUUGUCUAGUGACGACUUCCUUUGAGGGGAAGAAACUUGAUAAUAAAUGCACACAUAUUCACCACCCACCUUCUGAUUUGGGCGCUGUCGACUUGGGGAUUUUAUUUUCUCUGUGUGAUGGCCCCUUUUCUAUCCGUUCCUUCUUCUGGUCCCUCCUGAGGUUUUCCUGCCCUUAUGUCCCUAGGGGGCGCUCCCAAAGGGCUCUGCUGAUCUCUGCACUUCUAUGCUGGGACACAUCCCCCACCACCCUUUGCACACACACCAGUGACCAAAGUGUGUCCAGUGAUCUCACAGAAGACAUCAAAAAUGGUGCAUGCACCGUGAAUGUGCUCACAGAGACACGUGCACAAGAUUCUGCACCCUUGGCCUUAACCUCAGUAUGACUUUAGGUGCAGGAACAUUUUUAACAGGUUUUAAAACAAAAAAACAACAAAAAAAACCUUUCUGGGAGGAAAAAAAAAAAAGAUGCAACAGUUCAACUGUGCCCACUCCUAAGUCUCCAUCAUUUGCUUACGACUUACUCUGUGCCCACCCCACCCCCUCCCUGUUUCAAGUAACUAAAACCAGACAAAGAGAAGCAACCUGAGGAGAGGUUUCUGGACUAUUUUAUCUUUCUCCAUGUGGAUGGAGAGAUAUAUGCUGCUUUUGGGUUCCAUAAUCCUAGGGGGCUAUGUUUACAUAGUAAAAUACAUCCUACCAAAUCAGGAAACUGAAGAAUGGGAAUCUCUGCAGUGAGAGUUAGGUCACUGAUGGUGAACAAGAGCAGUGAGGGCCUGGGGGUGGGGCAGAGGAGAGAUGGAGAAGCUGCCCCUCAGUCCUUCCCCCGCCCCCGCUUCUCUCCUUGCCCCCUUUCACAGAUGGUGCAGAGAAGGGCAUCAGAAAGAGGCUGGAUCUUUAAAAGGCAGCUUUCCAACUUUGCACACAAACAGGUAACAGGAAGGUACAGCAAAAACCCUCUCAUCUGAAACACUGUCCACAGAAACAAAACCUGUAAACGUGACUAAAUGGCUGCACAAUUUUGAUGCUCUCUGCAAGUUACCUAGAAGUGUUUUGUUUUUUUUUCUUAUACUUGAAAUAGCUUUUACAAUAUUAUUUUGAUGGCUUUCUUUUCUCUCUUCUGGUGGGCGAUAGAGAAAGUGGAUGAUGGGGUUUGAGGGGAGAAAAGGGAGGAUAUGGCAUUGUCUUUUUUUUUUUUUCCUUAAACAUAGAGGUUUAAUCAGACUCCCAUCUGUUGAAAUUGCUCCUCAUAUGACUGGUUUUACAUGGACACAGAAACUAGGCACUUUAGAGGUGCACUUGCAUGGCAGGCUGGGCCCCCCUUUUCUAUAUUUUAUUUUACUUUUUUAGUAUAGUGGUACUUAAAAUCACUGGUUCACUUAAAAAACAAACAAUAAAAUGUUAAACUCUACUAAUGUACAAAUAAGCUGAAAAGUUGCAUUUUAUGUGUAUUUUUUGCCAUAGCAGGUACUGUAUUUCUCAUGCUGGAUUUCAAAAAAAAAAGUCAAAAACAAAAAAAACUAAAGGGUGGUCUUUUAUUGGAUUGUGACAGGUUGAGUAAUAAGGAAUUAAGUCGUCGUCAUUUCAUUAAAACUGAGAGAUGAUGUAAUGCAUAUAUAAGAGUUUUCUGAAGGGUUUUUUUUUUUUUGGGCUUUUAAACAGCUUAUUUUUGUUUUUGUUUAGUUUUUUAUUUUAUUUUAUUUUGGAAAGAUAUGAUUGUAUUAUGUGCAACUCAGUUGCUUACAUUAUAACUUACAAAAUAUUUUUGGGUUCCUGGAAAAAAAAAAAAAGAAAAAAGACUAAUAAAUGUGUUUGGCUGCUAAGCAUUUA